AGAUAUACUGUAUGAUUUGAAAAAAAAUAAUGUUUCAACAAAAAAAUGUAAAAAAUACAAUUGGAAGCAUUAUUAUUCUACUUUCGGUAUUACAACUGUUAGAAAGCAAAGAAUUCGAACCAGAUGAUUGUUACGAACCAGGAACAAUAUUUGAAGAGAACGAAAAAAAUUUAGGAUUUUGUCCCUGUAAAUAUGGAUAUUAUGGACCCUCAUGCUUCGAAAUAUUUGAUUGUGUAAUUGGAGAAUUAAGAGAAGACAUUUGCUCGGAUGAAAUUGAAAAUGAUUACGAUUUACAAUGGAGAUGUGCAGCAUCAAAGAAGAAUAUUGUGAAGAUUUGCACUUGUCCACCCGGAUUCCGAGGAGAAACUUGUGAAUUAAUAAUGGAAAAUACAGUUACAACAUACUGGAAAACUAUCAAACAAUCCCAAAAAUUCUUUGAAGUCGUCUACAAUAAAUCCGAUUCAUUUUUCAAAGUUGUUGGAUCGAAGUCAUGUAAAAUAUUCUGGGAAUAUCGUCGUCUAGUAAUACUUGUAUUAUUCGCAAUAAUAUUGGAAAUGGCUUGGAGAUUCACGAAAAAACAGCAGAAACAGCAUGCAAACUGCAAAUUGAGGAAAAAUGGAGAAUCAAAUGGAUUCAUAAACCAAAAUUAUGAUUUUUAUCCUUUGAAAUCAAGAAAUUUAACAAAUCUUGAAUUAUCAGAAAAAUCCACGAAAGAGCACUUCGAUGUGGAAACACUUUCAAUGCAAACAAAGUUUUCAGAAAUUUCUGAAGUUGAUGAUGGCACAAUUAGUCUGAAAGAAACAAAAAUUGAACAGAAAAUUCACAGACCUUGCCUUCAUAUUUAAGUGAGAAUUUCUCUAAAAAAAAAGUUUUUGAUCAUUUUUUUUGUACCAACCAAAUGUGGAAAAAGUCAAUCACCAUUUAACACCUUCAUCUACAUCAUCGGCAUUGUCAUUAAAGUUUAAACCUGUUAACUGUCAAUUAUUAAUAAAAACUGAAAC